GUGACCCGACAGCAUCUCUCAGCUUCACCGCAGCUGUGUGUGUGUGUGUGUGCAGGCGCGUGCAGUCAGUUGCUCAGUUUACUAGAGGGGUCAUUUUGAGGGAUACGCGAGCGGGACAUAAUGGGAGUGGAGAUUGAGACCAUAACCCCCGGCGAUGGAAGGACUUUUCCCAAAAAAGGACAGACAUGUGUGGUGCAUUACGUUGGCUCUCUGACAGAUGGACGGAAAUUCGACUCUUCCCGUGACCGUGACAAGCCAUUUAAGUUUAAGAUUGGUAAACAGGAAGUUAUCCGUGGCUGGGAGGAAGGUAUUGUGCAGAUGAGUGUGGGCCAGCGAGCAAAGCUAACCUGUUCACCUGAUUACGCCUAUGGUAAUAAAGGCCAUCCUGGGAUUAUACCCCCAAAUGCCACCCUCAUCUUUGAUGUGGAGCUUCUCAGUUUGGAGUGAUUUAAUAUGCUUUACUGUCUUUUGUUGAUUUUUCAUGUUUAGUUUUACUAUAAUGAAGUUUAAAAACAUGAAUUUUCUUGCAGCUUUAGUCAUUCUUCUCAGAAACAGCUUUAUCAACAUCCCGCCCAUAUCGUAUGCAACUAUAAUUUCAAUUCAACAUUCUUCCUGUGCAGUUGAUAGCAUAUCACAAAAUCCUUAAUCUUGAAUCUUUGAAUGAACUGUUUAUACUUCCAUUCUCUUGUGACUCUUUAUCUCAAGCAUUAUAUAUAAGCUAAUGUUUAAGGAUUAUAAAUAUAUUUAAAGGAUUUAUAAAGCAGCAUCAUUUAUAUUUGUUUCAUAAAUGAUAAUGUAUAGUUUCCCUUAUGUCUCAAUUAAGUUGGCACAGGUAGAUUUUACACUUGUUCAAAAAUAGGGUUAUAAAUGCAAUGUUAUAAAUGCUUGAACAGUCUUUAUUACCUCUUGUGUGUUUGACACCUGCUAAAGUACCACUGCGUUUGUGUAUUUACAAAGCAGUUAUAUAAGCUCAUAACUGAAUCAUUAACUGAAAGUCAAAAUUUAUGAUCAGGGUGAUUCAUAUAAGUGAUAAUAUUGCUAAUUCUGUCAGUGACUUUGUAAGCUAUGCAUGCAUGCCUUUCUUAAAGGAACACGCUGACUUUUGGGGACUUUAGCUUAUUUGCUGAAUCCCCCAGAGUUAGAUAAGUCCAUACAUACCUUUUUAUCUCCGUGCGAUGCACCCACCGCUAGCCUAGCUUAGCACAAAGACUGGAAGUAAAUGGUUCCAGCUAGCAUACUGCUCCCAAUAAUUGACAAAAUAACACCAACAUUUUCCUAUUGAUAUGUUAUGAUUUGUAUAGUCACGGCAUGUACAAAUAACAAAGUCAUAGUGAAUUGCUUGCAGCACCGUGGUGAGGAGCAGAGAGUUCGCGCAAGUGUUGCGCUAAUCACUCCGUCCAAGUAGCAGUGCUUCACCUUCUGAGAAUAUAGUUCCCAGUAUGCGGUUUAAAAAAAGUCUUGUACACGCUGUGACUAUACAAAUCACAACAUCUAAAUAACUAAUGUUGGCCUUUUUUUGUCAUUUAUUGGGGUAUGCUAGUUGGAGCCAUUUACUUCCAGUCUUUGUGCUAAGCUAGGCUAGCGGUGGGUGCGUCAGACAGAGUUAUGGGACGCACGGAAAUGAAAAGGGGAUGUGGACUUAUCUAACUUUGGGGAUACGGCGAAUAAGCUUAAGUCCCAAAAAGUUGGCGUGUUACUUUAAUGAUUUUGACAUGUUUUAUUUACCAACUUUAUAUCUUAACAAUUAACUUGCUAACAUUGACAGCAGAUGGGCACUCUGUGUGUGCUCUUGAUUUUGAACAUUUAGUUUUCAUUGACAGAUGCCUUGAAGACAAAA